AUGGUAAUUAAAAUGAUUUCUUUUCUGCUGGUGUCAGUUCUUCUGUGCUUGGUCGGGGCUUCUGACUCGGAAUCCAUGCAAGUCCAAGUACUCCAGGAUCUCAAUUUGGCUCUCCAAACGGAGCUCAAUGUGUUCAUCGAUUUUGAGUGCUGCGCCACCUCAGAGAUACUCCACAAAUUGGACUCGCCGAGAAUUUUACUCUCCUCCAACUCGAGGGAAGCUAGAGAUCUUAGAAUUCGGGGAAACUUCACAGAGAGUACCCUUAUCAUAGUAAGUGUAAUGGAUUCAGAUCUGAAUCCACUGGUUGCCAGUCUUCUGCCACGCUUGUUGGACGAGCUCCAUGAGCUGCACAUAGUGUUCCUGAGCAAUGAGGAACCAGGAUUUCCGAAACAGGACCUCUACACCUACUGCUUCAAGGAGGGAUUCGUAAAUGUAAUUCUGAUGAGCGGAAAGGGCCUCUACAGCUACCUACCGUAUCCUAGCAUUCAACCGAUCAGCCUAUCAAAUGUGUCCGAGUAUUUCGAUCGCGCAAGGAUAAUUCGAAACUUUCAAGGCUUUCCUGUCCGCAUACUUCGAAGCACAUUAGCUCCUCGGGACUUUGAGUACUCCAACGAACAGGGUGGCUUGGUGCGAGCAGGAUAUUUGUUCACAGCGGUCAAGGAGCUGACUUAUCGCUAUAACGCCACCAUCGAGAGUGUACCCAUACCCGAUCUGCCGGAAUAUGAUGUAUACUUGGCCGUUGCUGAAAUGCUACAUACAAAAAAGAUCGACAUUGUUUGCUACUUCAAAGAUUUCAGCUUGGAAGUGGCCUACACAGCACCACUUUCGAUUAUCCGCGAGUACUUCAUGGCUCCCCACGCCCGUCCGAUUUCCAGUUAUCUGUACUACUCCAAGCCCUUCGGCUGGACCCUUUGGGCGGUCGUGAUUUCGACUGUCUUGUACGGAACCGUAAUGCUGCAUCUGGCUGCGCGAGGAGCACGAGUCGAGAUUGGAAAGUGCUUGCUGUACAGCCUCAGCCACAUCCUAUACAACUGCCACCAGAAAAUCAGAGUUGCUGGCUGGAGGGACGUGGCCAUCCAUGGCAUUCUAACGAUCGGAGGCUUUAUACUGACCAACGUCUACUUGGCCACGCUCUCCAGCAUCCUCACAUCCGGGCUGUACGACGAGGAGUACAACACUCUGGAGGAUCUGGCCAGGGCUCCCUACCCCAGUCUGCACGACGAGUACUACAGAAGUCAGAUGAAGGCGAAAACCUUCCUGCCCGAACGGCUCCGCAGGAACAGCUUGAGCUUGAACGCCACCCUGCUAAAGGCGUACCGGGAUGGGCUCAAUCAGAGCUACAUAUACAUAUUGUACGAGGACCGCCUGGAGCUGAUCCUGAUGCAGCAGUACCUGCUGAAGACGCCGCGCUUCAACAUGAUUCGCCAGGCCGUGGGUUUUACCCUCGAAUCCUACUGCGUGUCCAACAGUCUGCCGUACUUGGCGAUGACCAGUGAGUUCAUGAGGCGCCUGCAGGAGCACGGGAUCAGCAUCAAAAUGAAGGCGGACACUUUCCGGGAGCUCAUCCAUCAGGGAAUCUAUACCUUGAUGCGCGAUGAUGAGCCGCCGGCUAAGGCAUUCGACCUGGACUACUACUUUUUCGCAUUUGUUUUGUGAACUGUGGGACUGAUUUCGUCUCUUCUCGUUUUUUUCGCGGAACUCGUAAGUGGGCACCUUUAA